UGGGGUAAGUUUUUGCUUAGAUCAAUAGCACAUUUGGGAAACAUCUUGUCUGGCUUGUACAAAUCAGUAGGAGAAGGAGGAUUGUUCUGCAAUGAAAAAGGAAAUGGAAGACAUUACACUUGGAAUGUCUCUCCAGGGCACCUCAAUUACCCAGAUUUCAAGAAGCAUUAGGACCAACAGAAAUAUUGCAAUUGAAUUUGUAAAUUACAGUGAAAAAUUAUUUCGAAAUCCAAGGUACUACUGCUUAAGUGGUGUUAAUAUUAUUCCACCUCAGCCUACAAUCAAAGCACAUACGGCAGAAGCCUGCUCAUUCGGCAAGUGGAGUUUUACAGCUCGUGGAAGUGUGGGAGUUAUGACAUACGACAUUUAUGAGAAUUUUGAAAACUUAACCAACAAGUGCUUGGCCAUCAUGUUUAGUGUACCCUUUGAUUACAUGUACUAUGACAACUGGUUUGGUGUGGGAAUUUUUAAGAAUGAUGAAGCAUGCGAUAAAAAUCUGUUUAAAAAAAUGUACUAUGGUAGUGAACAUGGCUUCAGAAGGAAGAAAGCUUCAAAUGGCAUCAUUAAGUAUAGUAGUGAGGGCAUUGAAAUAAAUGCAGGAAUGUCUAAUGCUGCCCAGAGCAUUCUGAAAUUGGAAAUAUGGAAUAAAUAUUUCAAUUAAAGAUCUAUCUAUCUAUCUAUACUAAAAAUAAAGUCAGUCUAUCUAUCUAUCUAUCUAUCUAUCUAUCUAUCUAUCUAUCUAUCUAUCUAUCUAUCUAUCUAUCGGUUUGAACAAGUCACUUAUAUCUAUUUCUGCAAAGACAAUUAUUGUUAAAAUAACAGUUUUCAGUGCUCUGCUCCUUAUGCUAAUCAUUAAGACAGAAGGUAAUGCUAGAAUUAUUCAACAUAUUUAUAACAAAACUAUCACAAUGGAAAUGUAUGCAAUGCUUCACCUAUUAUUUAAUGGAUGAAAUAUAAAACUAAUGCACCCUAAAGAUACAGAUAUUGUGUGUUUAACUGUUUCAAGUCUAAAUAUUGUAUGUAUAGUAUUUACCUUUUAACAAUUGACUGCUUUAAGGGAGUAAGUAAACUACAGUAUAUAAAGUGCCACAUUGCCAGUCUAAAUAAGCAUAUUUUUUAAGCUGAAUAAAUACAUAUAACAUUUUCAA